AUGUCCGGAAGCUUCGUCUCCCCGUCCGCAGAUGCGACAGCCUCCUCACAACUCUUCGCGCCGGCCGGCUUGGUCGCCUCUGUCCUGGAUGGCCUCACGGUGUGGAAGCUGAUAAUCACUCUGUUUGUGGGUGCAGUCAUCUAUGAUCAGUUCAAGUAUCACUACCUCAAGGGCAAAAUUAUUGGUCCCUCCUACAAGAUCCCGUUCAUGGGCCCCUUCCUCCAAUCCGUCAACCCCAAGUUCACCGAAUACAAGGCCAAAUGGGACAGCGGCGAGCUGAGCUGUGUGUCGGUCUUCCAUAAGUUCGUUGUGAUCGCGUCGACCCGUGACAUGUCUCGCAAGAUCUUCAACUCUCCCGGUUAUGUCAAGCCGUGUGUGGUCGAUGCCGCGCAUAAGUUGCUUGGUAAGUCGAACUGGGUCUUCUUGGACGGCAAGGAGCACGUCGAAUACCGCAAGGGACUCAACGGCCUUUUCACCCGCCAGGCUUUGGCCAACUACCUGCCCCGCGCUGCUGAAGUCUUCGAUGAGUACUUCAAGCGCUUUGUGGAGAAGUCAGCUGCGACCAAUCACACCCCCACUCCUUGGAUGCCGGAAUUCCGCGAGCUCAUGACCGCUCUUUCUUGCCGAACCUUUGUCGGUUACUACAUGUCCGAUGAGGCCGUGCAAAAGGUUGCCGACGACUAUUACCUGAUCACUGCUGCCCUGGAACUUGUCAACUUCCCGAUCAUCCUGCCUUUCACCAAGACCUGGUACGGCAAGAAAGCUGCCGACAUGGUUCUCGAUGAGUUCAGCAAGUGCACUGCCAAGAGCAAGGCCCGUAUGGCCGCUGGCGGCGAGGUGACCUGUAUCAUGGAUGCUUGGGUGAAGGCUCAGCAGGACUCGGCCAAGUACCGCGAGAAGAUUGCCCAGGGAGUUGCGGUGGAUCCUUCCGAGAAGCCCCCUCAGGUCCUGCGUGAUUUCUCCGACUAUGAAAUUGCUCAGACCAUCUUCACCUUCUUGUUUGCCUCCCAGGACGCCACCAGUGCCGCUUCUACCUGGCUGUUCCAGUUGAUGGCGGAUCGCCCCGAGGUUCUUCACAAGGUCCGCGAGGAGAACUUGGCUGUGCGCAAUGGUGAUCCUUCCGUCCCUAUCUCCAUGGAUUUGCUUGACCAGAUGACCUACACCCGCGCCGUUGUCAAGGAAACCCUUCGCUACCGCCCCCCUGUCAUCAUGGUCCCCUACCUGGUCAAGAAGGAUUUUCCCAUCACCGACAAGAUCACCGUCUCCAAGGGCUCUAUGAUCAUUCCCUCGGUUUGGCCCGCCACUCACGAUGAGGAGGCCUACCCCAAUGCCGACUCCUUUGAUCCCGAGCGCUGGAUCACCGGCACGGCCGAGCAGCAGACCAAGAACUGGCUCGUCUUUGGCACUGGGCCCCACUAUUGUCUGGGUCAAACCUACGCCCAGUUGUCUUUGAUGGCCAUGAUUGGCAAAGCUAGUAUGGAGAUGGACUGGGAGCACACUCCUACUGCUCAGUCUGAGGACAUCAAGGUCUUCGCCACCAUCUUCCCUCAGGACGACUGCCUUCUCACCUUCCGUCCUCGUGCCUGA